UCAAGUGGCGAGACAGUUUAGUUUACAGGAAUCGAUAUAGAAGUGUAUCGGUUACAAUUGCCGGUAGCAUGACAUUAUUUAAAGAGUAGUAUGCAUCAGGCGUUCUGUUAAAGGAUACACAUCUUAAUUCAAAACAGUAUCGUCGGCUUUUUGUGUAUGUUGAUUGCUAUUAAGAAGUAAAAUAAGCAGAAUUCGACAUACUGUGUGCUACAGUAUCUGUGGGCAAUUGAUAACUAGGACUGGAGUCCUUGUGGGCGUCAAUUUAGGGGAAGCGGUACUGUGGGUUGUCGAAGUGUAGAGUUGGAAUGUUUGGUGUUCUUACGGGUGCCUUAGUAGUGGAGUUUUAGGUUGUUUACGAACAUCAGCCUUCACCGAAGCGAUGACAACCUCGGAAAAGGGUGAAAUCGCAAAGCUUCAGCAGCACCUAGCUUUACUGAAAGAAGAAUAUGUCAAACUCCAGGCACAUGGAAACGAAUUAGAGAGGAAAUACGCUCUAGCCGCAGCUGCUGCGGGAGAAUUGAACGAAAAUAGUUUCGUUUCCAGACUGUUGAGGACAGUGGCAAGUCUCUUCAAUCAACAGCUAUACAGUGAUAUAAAGGUGAAACUGAGUGGAAGAUUAGUACCUGCUCACCGUCUUGUACUAGAAGCUCGAAGUGAACACUGGGGUUCGUUGUCUGACAGCUUAGAUUGGAGUUUCUUGGAGCCAGAAGUGGGUUUUGCUGUUCUGAAGUGGGUAUAUACUGAUUUGGUGGAUUUUUCUCAAGGAGAUUCUUUCACACUAGACCUCAUGAAGACUGCCAAUAAGUUCCACCUUGAUGAGCUUGUUGCAAAGUGUGAAAAAGCUCUAAUGGCAUCUGUGAAUGUCCGUAACUGUGUAAGAUUUUACACAACUGCUGAUGAAAUAGGUGCAAAUACACUGAAAGAACACUGCUCAGGACUCAUAUCAGCUCAUUGGGAUGACUUCUCAAGUGAAGACUUUGCUCAUAUGAGUGCACCACUUCUGUACAGUAUGUUCAAGUCAAAAACAGGCUUCCCAUUACAUGCUGCAGUUAGACUUCAUAGAGAAGAUGUGGUUUUUCUGUAUCUUGUUGAAAACAAUGCAGAACUGGGAGUAAAAUUAAACCAGUUAGACGUUCGUGGUGAUCUUCCAUUGGACUUAGCCCUUCGUGAUCAUCAAACUAGUAUUGCUCGCACUUUGGUGGAACAUAAGGCUGAUCUUGAUGCAAGGGACAGCCAAGGAUACACGCUCCUGCAUCGUGCUAUUGACAGAGGAGAUGAUUAUGCAGCAGAAUUCUUGAUAGAACAUGGUGCAGCAGUAGGUGCUGUAACACCAGAGCAAGGCAACACAGCACUGCAUAUGGUGGCAAGUUUGUCACCUGCAACCACAGGGGAUUCAACUAUAAGUGCCAUGACUGGAAUUGCACAGAAACUUUUAAAACAGGGUCUUAGCCCAAAUAUGCAAAACAAACAGGGUUUCACUGCAGUACAUUUAAGUGUCAUGGCGUGCAAUGAACCUAUGUUCUCACUUCUUCUGGAGUCUGACGCAGAUCUCAAUCUGCGCACUGAGGAAGGGCACACCCCAUUGUGGUUUGCACUGCUUGUUGGACCUCCAUACAAUGACAAGAGUUUUGCUGCUAGACUUAUUAAUGCAGGAGCUUCACCAAACCCAAUCUACACAUCAUCUGCAGACUCACUUCUACACCUUGUGGCUCGUGAAGGUAUAGAAGAAGCUGGACUAUUCCUGUGCACUCAUUCGGCCUACAGCAAUCAUGUCAACAGAAAGGGUGAGAGUCCUCUGCAUGUUGCAUGUGCAAGGGGCCUUAGCAAACUUGUUGGCAAGUUACUUCGCUGUGGAGCUAAUCCCAACUUGCAGACAUUAAGGCUCACAGAAGGAGGAGGGAACGAUGAUAAAGUAGAGAUGGCAUACAAGCAGACUCCCUUGCAUAUUGCGAUAAUGGAGCAGCAGGAAGAAUCAAUUCAAUCUAUUAUAGACUUCAAAGUGGCUUUGUCGGGACGAAAGGAACAGAAGGGGAUAGCUCCAGAUUUGAACCUGAAGGACUCUUCUGGUAAUACUCCUCUUUCAUUGGCUUUGAGUAAUGGUAUGGAGCAUUUCGUACCCACUCUUAUAGAAGGAGGAGCUGAUGUCAAUGUUCGCAAUGGUAAAGGUCAAACAUUGCUUCACCAAGCUAUUUUGAAGCAGGAUACACAUACAGCAUUAUUCCUUCUUGACCAAGGUGCUGAUAUGAAUGCUGUUACACAAGAGAAUGAAACUUCACUUCAGUUGGCAAUCCAGAGUCACUUGACUCGCGUUGUGGAAUCUCUUUGUCAGCGUGGUGUGGACAUGUCUGUGCCAGAUGCCAGUGGAAACUGUCCUCUUUGGGCAGCACUUGCAACCGGACAGGAUGACAUUGCCUCUGUUCUUGUUAGGAAUGGAGCAGAUACGGAUUGUUGGUCUGAAGGGCCUGAGGGUUCGUACCAGACCUUACUUCACAGAGCCAUUGAUGAGAACAAUGAAUCAGUAGCUCGGUUUCUUAUACAGAGUGGAUGUGAUAUGAAUGCCCCAAGACGACCUGGACCAGGUGGAAGAGGUGGUGAGGAAGCAAGAAAUCAGCAAGGCCCUCUUCACAUGUGCUGUGAGUGGGGCCUAGAAACUGUAGUACAAACAUUAAUUGAGCAUGGUGCAGCUAUCAACAACAAAGACAUUCAGGGCAAAACUCCAUUACAUAUAGCCAUAGAAAACCAGCAUGAUGGUAUUAUUUCUCUGCUGCUUUGUCAUCCUGGAUUAGACUUGACACUAAGGGACAAAGCUGGUCUAACACCAUUUGCUGCAGCUCUCACAUACCGUAAUAACAGAGCAGCGCAGGCCAUCCUUGACCGUAUGCCUACAGCAGCUGAGCAGUACGAUAAUAAAGGCCGGAACUUUCUGCACACUGCUAUCCAAAAGGGAGACAUGGAGAGUGUUCUUUUUCUGCUUUCCAUACAUGUGGAUGUCAACUCGAGAGUGCAAGAUACUAGUCAGACACCACCAUUGCAGCUUGCUGCAGCUGCUGGAUCAGAAAUGCUUGUCAGAUCAUUGGUGCUUGCUGGAGCAAGGGUAGAUGACCGUGAUGCACACCGAAGAACAGCUUUGCAUGUUGCAGCUGGAGCAGGUCAUGCAGCUGUUGUGUCAGCUUUGCUACAGAAUGGUGCUGAUGCAGAUGCCUCAGAUUCAGAAGGAGAUAAUGCAUUGCAUAUUGCUUGCCGUGAAGGUCAACUAGGCACAGCACGUGUACUUCUUACUGAAUCACAGCUGGAUGCCGAGGCUGCAAAUCUGAAAGGAAGAAAUCCUCUGCAUGAACUUGCAAGAGCAUCAAAGGACACAGCAGCUGGGAUUGCUGAAUUGUUCAUCGAAUGUAUGCCGCGUUACCCACUAGACAAGCCAGAUCUUGAUGGCAAUACAGCCCUUCUUUUGGCAUACAUGAAAGGCAAUGGGAAUCUAUGUCGUACACUGGUGAGAUCUGGUGCUUGCCUUGGUGCUAUGAACAAGGAUGGUAUUACAAUUUUCAACUACCAGGUUGCAACAAAGCAGCUUCUUCAUAGUUUGCUGGAUAAUUUAUCCCAGGAGCCACCUUGGGCAGAAGGUGACAUUUGUUUGGAGUGUGGUAUUAAAUUUGGACUGACUAUACGUAAACAUCACUGCCGUCACUGUGGCCGAAUCCUGUGCAGCAAAUGCUCAGACAGAGAUGUACCUAUCCUGAAGUUUGCACUGAACAAACCAGUCAGAGUAUGCAGUGUUUGCUUCAAUGUAUUACAGGGAGCUAGUUAAAGUGAACUACUUCUGCUUGCCUUCCCCCAACUUCUUUGUGUGUAUAAUGUCACAAAAUACAGUAAUGUUAUUUUCUCUGAAACUGGAAUAGCUGUAUUUGGUAGCUAGAAUAAUGUUACAGGGAAGUAAUUGUUAAUUACUGAAAAUUCUAUAAAAGUUAAUAGUUUGGAUCUUGUUUAUCAAGGGUGUGUGUGUGUGUGUGUGUGUGUGAGUGUGUGUGUGUGUGUGUGUGUGUGUUUUGACAGGGGGAGGGGAGGGGACAUUGCUUCACAUUUAACUACAUUAUUUCAGCAGGUUUAACCAGUUGCCUUGUACAUAUACCUUUUUUAAAAUAUUGAAAUUGUAUUUAAUUAUAUUAAAUAGUUGUCACAUCAUUCAGCUAAUAAUAUAGUUAUCUGAAUGGGACCAACAUUACAUCAUUUUUUUAUACAAUGGAAGUAAUCAAGUCGAUAUAUUGUACUGUUAAAUAAAUUGGAAAAUAUAUUACUUAGUUUUGAAACUA